UGCACUCAUCCCGGUUGUCUAACCUUAACGAAAAAUUUUCUCUGAUCCACUCCAGACGGGUAUAGUUAGAGUAUAAUACGUGUGCAAAAUAUAUUUAAUCCUCCCAUAUGAACAAUAUCUACUUAUCUCUUACGGUUUAACUAUAAUUUGAUACUGUGAUAAUAUUAAUACGAAUAAUAUGGGACCAAGGUGCACAAACAAUGUCUAUGUUGUCUUUGGACAAUUCUACAGAAGGUAAAACACGCAAGCGAAAUUUUGAUCAACUAAAAUCAAAAAAUAUGACUGGAAGUGAAAAUAGUGAUGAAAUUGUUGAGGACAAUGAUCGAAGCCUCUUAUUGUCAACAGAAGAAGCUGAGGAACAACCUAGAGUGGCGUUUAUCAAUAAAGAAUCCAUAUGGGCUACGUCAGUUCAAAUGUUUAUACCAUUCCUGUUGGCUGGAUUUGGAAUGGUUGCUGCUAGUUUGCUGUUGGAUAUAGUGCAACAUUGGCCAGUAUACAAAAAUGUAUCUGAGGUAUAUAUACUUGUACCUGCACUACUAGGAUUGAAAGGCAACUUGGAGAUGACAUUAGCUUCGAGGCUCUCUACCCAUGCCAACUUGGGCCAUUUAGAUACAAGGAGUCAACAAUGGAGCUUAAUCCUAGGCAAUUUGUCGUUGAUUCAAUGCCAGGCAAUUGUUGUUGGUUUUUUGGCAUCCAUAGCUGCAAUGGUUUUUGGAUGGGUGCCUAGCGGCAAGUUUAAUAUCCAGCAUGCAAUGUUGCUAUGUGCAAGUAGUGUGGCGACAGCAUUUAUGGCCAGUUUUAUAUUAGGAUUAGUGAUGGUUGGUGUCAUACUACUCUCCAGGCAUUUCAACAUAAACCCAGACAACGUGGCGACUCCAAUUGCUGCAAGCUUGGGAGAUUUAACUACUCUAGCUCUGCUUUCCUAUUUUGCUUCUCUCAUGUACAAAGGUAUGGACACUAUGCCAUGGCUAUCAAUAGUCAUAAUAGUCGUAGCAAUUUUGUUUGUGCCACUAUGGGGAUGGAUGGCUUCGAAGAACGAAUAUAGCAGGGAAGUACUAGACUCUGGCUGGUCACCUGUUAUUAUUGCCAUGCUUAUAAGCAGCAUUGGAGGGUUAAUUUUAGAUUUCACAGUAUCUCAGUACAAAGGCGUGGCUGUUUUCCAAUUGGUAAUAAACGGUAUUGGAGGGAAUUUGGCCGCAGUACAGGCCAGUCGUAUAUCCACCGAGCUGCAUUCGAAAUCAACGCUGGGAAGGCUUCCGCAUGGUAUGCGAGUGUGCCUGACACCAUGCACAGCUUUUUGUGAUACAUCAGUGACCCCUCAUGCGGAUACUGCUAGAAUGCUGAUGCUAAUGGUUGUGCCUGGUCAUUUAAUAUUUUCCUACACAAUAAGCUACCUACAAGCAGGACACACAUCUUUCACACCGAUCUUCAUGCUUGUCUAUCUAGCAGCUGCUCUUGUCCAAGUAUUCUUAUUGCUCUACAUUGCCCAAGUGAUCAUAGUCUGGAUGUGGGAGAUGGGUACCGAUCCGGACAAUUCGGCCAUACCAUACCUGACUGCAUUCGGUGAUCUCCUAGGUACUCUACUUUUGGGUAUUGCAUUCCAAAUACUCUUCCUGAUCGGCGACAGAGACAGCGACGUCGGCGACUAAACCUGAUACCUGCUAGCGACGUUUUGCUGGGGGCCAUAAAUGUGAUUGUAAUUUAGUUUGUUUAAAAUUACCAAAGAAUAAAUACUGUUGAUACUAGCAUCAAAUUAUUCAUAAAUUUUCUUCAAAAGAGGUUUAUAUGUUAAUUAUAUUUGUAAACGAUAUAUAUAUUUUUAAGGUGCUAUAUUUUAUACAAAAUUAUAUUUCAUAUAAGUAUUUAUGUAUAGUGAGAAACAAAUACAAAGUAACUGUUAAAUGUACAUGCUGAACAACAAUUUAAUCUGUUGUAACUUAUUAAUAAAUAUGUGAAUCUUCUUAAAAAAAAA